AGCAAAAGGGUUGUUUUCAUUAUAAAUUAUCAAAUCAUUGCCACCUGUCGUCAUUUGUCAUUUACCUGUAAAAAACUCAAAAAAGAGCACCAAAUAAAGUUGGUUUUUUGGCAUUUGAAUAGACGCUCGGUCUCUCCCACUCUCUCGCGGCUUUAUAGUAUUUUGUAAUUGUGUAUUCACGUUUUUUUUUGUGAGCUUUGUUGAAAUCGUUUCGUUAAAAGUUUGCCAAAACAAAAAAAAAAAUGUUGCAAUAAUUAAUUAAAAUAGUAUUGUGAGCGUAUUUGUGUUGAAUGUAUGCGAUUUUGUGUUAUUUUUCAUUGGUUUUAAUCCGCCUUCAUUUCAAUUGCCGCAGCUAAAAAAAUCGGAACUUAAGUGUUUGUAAAAGAAAACAAAAGCCAACAAGGAAUUUACAAAAAUUCAACUGCCUUAUUGUGUAUUGGCCUAUUGCAAACCGACAGCAAAUAUAAGCUAAGAGCCAACUCGUGUUUGUUUUUGAAAGGAAAUCACUUCGUUAUUUGUAGCCAAAAACCCAAACCUUCUACUCCAACUCGAUAUGCAACCACUAAAAUGCAGUUUAGGCCUAAUGCUUGCCUUGGGCCUAUUUCACAUGAGCACAGCUAUGCCAGGACGUUAUUUACGGGCAGCCGAUAAUGAUGCCGAGAGUCCCUUGGUUACGGUGGAAUUUGCCGAUGAUGAAAACGAUUUGAAUCCCAUAAAUGAGGCCACUUCACCCGAUGUUUUAGAUCGUAACAAAAGAAAAAUUACCGGUGCCACAUUUGAGGCUAAAAAUGCUGUUCUAGGUUUCGUCUUUGGCAAAAUCGAUAACUUCUUGGACACCAAUAUUCGCAUUCUCGAACAAUUGGAUCGCGCCAAUAUUGAGAAGAACAAGCAAUGGGAUAUUCCAAAGCCUGUACCAGUUAAUGAUGUCCAAUCUUUGAUCACAGCCGUAGUCUCACCUAAGAUUCGUGCCGUUGGCAAUAUUGCCAAUGAUUUGACCACCGGAGUUUUGACCACCAUCACAGCUUUCAGCGGCAGUUCCUCCGGAGGAAAUUCCAAUAAUCCCAAUGCCGGUCUGGGUAAUAUUGUCUCAAAGGUCUUGGGCUUCUCUGGCCCCAUAUUGCAGGGAUCUUCCGGUGGUGCAGGUGCUGGAGGUUCGACUACACCAGCGCCCGACUCAGAUGAGGCUGGCUAUUAAAUAGAUUUAAACUCAGCAAGCAUUAUCUUAAAGGAACCACUACCAGCCACCCCCCCUCUUUCGCUAGUAUAGGUGCCGAAAAAACCCAUUGUGGAAAUCAUCUUCCUGUCACUAAAAAAAAAAAUUAUUGUAAAUUUUUUGUUGAAUUUCUUAGUUUUAGUUUAGAAUUGAUUUAAAAUCCAUACUUUUCACCGAUUCUAUAUUUUUUUAUUUUGAUCGAAUUUUCUAUCUGCCUCACUUCUUUUCCAUUAGAUAUGCGUUCAUAAAAUUAGUAAAAUUUUUCACUUUUCCAUUUCUCACCCAAAAGGGAUUCCUUACAAACUGAACUCCCCAUAUACCUUGAUUUCCUUGUGUAUAUUAUUUAAAAAAAAAAAAUCACCUACACACACACACACAUGCUAUUGUAAAUAUUAAGCAUUGCAAUU